AUGUCCGCUUUAGCCGCGGUGUCUACUGAUUUGGAUAGCAUGAACCAUCUGCUUAUUCUCAGUCAUCAAAUAGUCGCCAAGUUCAAGAAGGAAUGCUUACGAUCUGGUGUUGAUUUCGGUGCCAUUCUUGCUUCAGCAGCUCGCCUUUCUAUGGAAACUGAGCCAACACCUGCAUUGCGCGCUCAAGGCGCGCUUUUCGACAACCUCCAGGAAGCUGCUACUCAUCUGGCACUUAGCAGUGAUCAAUCCUGCCAAAAGUUGGCGCUGGCUACUCUGAGUCGAACAUCAGCCGGGAAUGCCCAGUGGUGGCAAAGAACGUUGCGAACAGCGCUGGAAGUGCCUUCGUUGCCCCAUAUAAGCUCAUCUGAUGCUGGAAGUACUGUGGUUGUUCAUGAGGUCGCCUCAACGCUGCAGACUCUUCGUCAAGCCCAUCCCGAAGAGUUUUCGGUUGCCGUACGAUCACUGAUGCCUGGUGAUUUGGGGAUGGAGUUGUUGUCAAUGCUCGAGAAUCUGAAAUCUCGAGCUACCUUGAACAAACAGGGUUACUUACUGGAUGUAUGA